UCUUCUCUUAUAUUGGGUCCGAACUCUGAAAGUGUUCCUUCACCAUUCUCAUCUCUCUCUUUCUCUUUCUAUUCUCUCUCUCUAACGUUCCAUGGAAUCCGAUAGUCGCCGCUGUUUUCACUCUCUCCGACUCUGAACUAAUCGCCGACUAUACAAAAAAUGCAACAACCGCAGAUCGCGAACCUUCUUUCUCACGAUUUGUUCUAAGAAUCGUUGUUCCGCGAAGAAGCUCUUUGAAUUUCUCUCUCUAGAACUCCGCUGUUUUUGCUUACAUUACCUGUAUUUUAUGUUUGCUGUGUUCGAUCGUGUCGGUUAUCGCCGCCGGAAUCGUUGCUUGCCGGCGAUGUUGAAGUUCAAUUAGUUUUUUACUGCUUUAGCUCGAAAUUGAUAAAGUGUUGUGAAGAAAUCGAAAGAGUUCUAUAUAACUUGAAGAUUGAAGAAGGAACGAUGUUCGAUCUUAACCUGAAUGCCGAUUCCACUCAGCACGAUGACUCGCCCGUGCUGCUCGGGGAGAAGAUUCCGGAAGCGUCCUCCGGGACCUCGAAUUCCUCCGUGGUGAAUGCGGAGGGUUCGAGCAACGGAGGUGGUGCCGGAGACGACGACUCGUGUUCCACACGCGCCACUGGCAGCGGCGAUGUGUACACCUUCAAUUUCGAUAUUCUGAAGGUGGAAGGCGGGAGCGACAGCUCCGUCGCGACGAAGGAACUGUUUCCGGUGAGCGCCGGGAACUGGCAGGGGCAGGCUUCGACGUCGUCGAUUCCGGCGAGGAAGAGCUGG